CCCACCCCUGGGUGCUGCCCCGGGUUUAAGAGGCCCGAGGAGCGGGCAGGAGACAGAACAGUUUGUGACAGGACUUACAUUCCCCUCACUGCCCCUCACGCGCCCUACGUCCUGUCCCAUCCUAACGAGACUACUGUUAUCCGCUGGAACCAUGGAGCUGUCGGAUAUCUCGUUCCCUCUCCCCUCUGCAGAUGACUUCUACGAUGACCCUUGCUUUAACACCAGUGACAUGCAUUUCUUCGAGGAUCUGGACCCACGGCUUGUGCACGUGAGUCUGCUGAAACCGGACGAGCACGCGUCUUCCCCGUCCUCCGGCUCCUCCUCUCCUCCAUCCUCCUCUCCAUCACCAAACUCUCUUCUGCACCUCCAUCACCACCACGAGGUCGAGGAUGACGAGCACGUCCGUGCGCCCAGCGGGCACCACCAGGCGGGCCGCUGCCUGCUCUGGGCGUGCAAAGCCUGCAAGAGAAAGACAACCAACGCAGACCGCAGGAAGGCCGCCACUCUGCGCGAGCGCAGGCGACUCAGCAAAGUAAAUGACGCAUUCGAGACGCUCAAGCGCUGCACCACCGCAAACCCCAACCAGCGUCUGCCCAAAGUGGAGAUCCUCCGCAACGCCAUCAGCUACAUCGAGUCUCUGCAGGCGCUGCUCCGCGGCGGUCAGGACGACAGCUUCUACCCAGUGCUGGAGCACUACAGCGGGGACUCAGACGCCUCCAGUCCUCGGUCCAACUGCUCAGACGGCAUGGCGGAUUUCAGCGGGCCGAGCUGCCAGUCCACCCGCAGAGGGAGUUAUGACAGCAGCUCUUAUUUCUCAGAGACUCCAAACGGUGGUGUGAAGAGCGACCACAGCUCUGUAGUCUCUAGUCUGGAUUGUCUGUCCAGUAUCGUGGAGCGGAUCUCCACCGACACCAGCAGCCUGAUCCCAGCCCCCGAAAGCCCCGCCUCACCGCCCACCGAACCGGCCAAUCAGUCACCAGUACAGGGGGCCUCCGUCCAGGUGCCCUCCCCAACACCAGUGGACCCCAGUCUCAUUUACCAAGUGCUAUAGACUCCAAUAUUAUCUAAGCACCCUGGACUUUUACACACUCAAAACACUCUAAAAUGAUAUUCUCUUAAACUUUGAGCUGUAUCUCACCUUUUGCCACUUUUUUAUAAUUUAGAUUUUUAUACACUUUUAUAUUUACUGAAGAAAACCACGAGUGAGAAAGACCAUGAGAUGCAGUUUUAAGUCUAGGUCUCCCAUUUCAAGUCAUCUACUACUGUACUAUGUAAACACAUGACUAUAACAUUGCAUCACUUUUAAUAUUAGCUAUUCUUUAUUAAUUUAUUUCUUAUAUAUGGACUUGUCGCCAUAUUAUUUAACACUAAGCUGCCUGAUUCCACUUGGAUCAACAUAUACAUUUUGUCCCAACCAACAAAAUAGCUUUAGCAGGCUGAUUGUACCGUAGCAGGGAUAGCAUUAUAUUUAAUUGUAAGUUAUAUAGAAGUAGCCUAUAACGUCAGAUGGGGUUCCUGUCCAGUGUGUAGUGGAUUUGGUGAAAGGACGCAGGCCAAAAACCAUCCAUUUACAUUCCUCCACUUUGAUCCAUCAGACGUCCCAACUCAACAGCUGUUCACAAGAAAAAAAAUAAAAAAAAUCGUAAUCCCACCAAAGGAUAGGAAGAAAAACACACCCCUCUCACCAUAAAAUACUUUAUUAUUCCCAUUUUGAAAGAAAAACAAAACCAAAAAAAUCUCAUUUGAUUUCAUUCAUUCAUCCAGCGGAGGACCAUUUUUCUGUCUGUUGUAAAUAUGUUGUAAAUAAGAGCUGAUUUGUUCCAAACUGAAAGUAUUAAUUAUGUAUUUAAUGUUUUUGUCGUCCGUUCAUGCUGUUUGUUGUGAGAAAUGUUCAACUUUAUAUUUAUACAUCUGGAAACGGAGUGACUGUCUAUUGAUAAAUAAAUGAAAUACUUAUUUAUACUAAAA